CCAGGUGCAGGCGGCAUUCCCGCCUCGGGUUGCGCGCGCCCGGCCCGCCCGAGCCGGCUGCCCGCCCGGCGUUGGUCCCCGCCCCGAGCCCGCCGCCCGCCGUUCCCCUCCCGGCCGCGGAGAGCGCGCGGGGCGCGGCUCCGGCAGUUAAAGUGCAGCGGGGCCCGGGCCGCCGCUCCUCCAGCUCAGCCUCUGCCCCCUCCCGCUCCGCACAGCCCACUGUCCCGUCCAGGCGCUGCGCCUAGCCGCCCAGGACGAUCGACAACAGCGCGCAGGCUGCACCGGCCACAGAGCCCGGAUCCUGUCACAUCUGGGUGGAAGGAAUAGCAAGCCCUCCGUGCAGAUCAGAGGACUCGGACAGGAAGCAUGUGGUGUGUCCUGCGCGGCUGGAGGCGCGGGCGCCUGAGCCCCUGGGGGGUGCAGGGGCAGCAGCGGCCCCCCGCCUCCCGGGCCCUGGCCGGCGUGGCCGCGGGGAGCGGGCAGGAGUACAGCCACGUGGUGGUGGGCGCGGGCUCGGCGGGCUGCGUGCUGGCCGGCCGGCUCACCGAGGACCCGGGCGCGCGCGUGCUGCUGCUGGAGGCCGGGCCCAGGGACACGCGCGCGGGCAGCAAGCGGCUCCUCUGGAAGAUCCACAUGCCCGCGGCGCUCGUGGCCAACCUGUGCGACGACCGGUACAACUGGUGCUACCACACGGAGCCGCAGGCCGGCAUGGACGGCCGCGUGCUGUACUGGCCGCGCGGCCGCGUGUGGGGCGGCUCCUCGUCGCUCAACGCCAUGGUGUACGUGCGGGGCCACGCCGAGGACUACGAGCGCUGGCAGCGGCAGGGCGCCGCGGGCUGGGGCUACGCGCACUGCCUGCCCUACUUCCGCCGGGCGCAGAGCCACGAGCUGGGCGCCAGCCGCUACCGCGGCGACCGAGGCCCCCUGCACGUGUCCCGGGGCAAGACCGACCACCCGCUGCACCGGGCCUUCCUGGAGGCGGCGCAGCAGGCCGGCUACCCGCUCACCGAGGACAUGAACGGCUUCCAGCAGGAGGGCUUCGGCUGGAUGGACAUGACCAUCCACAAAGGCAAGCGCUGGAGCGCAGCCUGCGCGUACCUGCACCCCGCACUCAGCCGGCCCAACCUCACCGCCGAGGCCCGGACGUUGGUGAGCAGGGUGCUGUUUGAAGGCACCCGCGCCGUGGGCGUGGAGUACAUCAAGAAUGGCCAGCGCCACAGGGCUUACGCCAGCAAGGAGGUGAUUCUGAGCGGAGGUGCCAUCAACUCCCCGCAGCUGCUCAUGCUUUCUGGCGUCGGCAACGCAGACGACCUCAAGAAGCUGGGCAUCCCCGUGGUGUGCCACCUUCCGGGAGUUGGUCAGAACCUGCAAGACCACCUGGAGAUAUACAUCCAGCAGGCAUGCACCCGCCCCAUCACCCUCCACACAGCACAGAAGCCCCUGAGGAAGGUCCGGAUUGGUCUGGAGUGGCUCUGGAAGUUCACAGGGGACGGAGCCACGGCCCAUCUGGAGACAGGAGGGUUCAUCAGGAGCCGGCCUGGGGUCUCCCACCCGGACAUCCAGUUCCACUUCCUGCCGUCCCAAGUGAUUGACCACGGGCGAGUCCCCACCCAGGAGGAGGCUUACCAGGUGCACGUGGGGACCAUGCGGGCCACGAGUGUGGGCUGGCUCAAGCUGAGGAGCGCCAACCCGCACGACCACCCUGUGCUGCAGCCCAACUACUUGUCCACAGAAGCCGACAUUCACGAUUUCCGCAACUGCGUGAAGCUGACCAGAGAGAUCUUCGCCCAGGACGCGCUGGCACCGUUCCGGGGCAAAGAGCUCCAGCCGGGAAGCCACGUGCAGUCCGACAAAGAGAUCGACGCCUUUGUGCGGGCGAAAGCCGACAGCGCCUACCACCCCUCGUGCACCUGCAAGAUGGGCCAGCCCUCCGACCCCACGGCCGUGGUGGACCCGCAGACCAGGGUGAUCGGGGUGGAAAACCUCCGUGUGGUCGACGCGUCCAUCAUGCCCAGCGUGGUCAGCGGCAACCUGAACGCCCCCACGAUCAUGAUCGCGGAGAAAGCGGCCGACAUCAUCAGGGGGCGGCCUGCGCUCUGCGACAAGGACGUGCCCGUGUACAAACCCAGGACCCUGGACACCCAGCGCUGAGGCGGUCGCCGCCUGGGAAGGCCCCCAACCAGCCAAGAGAGCCACACGGGCCUUGUUCCAAAUGCUCUUUCCUGAAACUCUCUAGACUGUUAGGGUUCAAGGGCAGAGAACUGGACAAUUUCUUAAGUGAAACCAGUCCUGGUCAGCGCCAGGUUCCUCUCCCCCUGCCCUGCCCUGCGGGCCUUUGGGGAAGGCCAGCAUUCUGGCAGGAGGCCCAUGGAAGACUCAGCUCCAACCCAGGGGCCUGCUGCCUUCCUCACUCCUGGCUGGACGGAGGAAGAUGGUCCUCUCCCAGGCCCCCCUCUGAAGGCAGGCCCCUCAGAGAGCAGGCUGCUGUGCAGAGGCCGGUGCUGCCUGCUCCGAGGGGCGCCCUCCCCCUGGGCCGCAAGCUGUGGCUGAG